CUAAAGUCCAUUUCUGUUAAAGAUAGGACACUUCUACAGUAAAGCCACAGAUGAGUUGGUUCUGUCUCUAAGAUUAUCGAAUUAUUUCAGCCAAAUUUAUCAUUAAUAAUAAUUAUAUAAUUAAUGAAAAUAAUUUAUCUAUCUCAUCCUUACAUCAUCCUUAUCAUCACUAUUAGUCCUAAUCAUAACCAUUAUCAUUAUCAUUAUCAUGUAAUUAUUAUUCGUAAAUGUAGAUUAUUAAUUACCUGGUUUGUGGUAUGGGAUAAUUUGUACAUGUAAAGGCUGUUACUUGUAUGGAAAACAAACAGUUUAGUAACAAAUAAGUAUUUAGAUAAUUUAUUCCUGCCAAUUCAUCUUCUUUCACACAAAAAAAAAAAAUAUUUUGGGGGGUUAAAAUAUUUUUUUUUGGUUAGACUUUUGGAAAUAUAUCUCCUACGCUUGCUAAUAACAUAUUUUUUUUCAUUGUAAAACUAGAUAUUUAAAUGAGUUGGAGAGGAGGAAUCCAUUAGCUUUGUGCAAUCAACAUGAAGACAUUCUCCAUUUUAUUAAAGUUAUUGCUGAUUGGGACUGCAAUAUCUCUUUUCAUCUAUUCAGCGAUAUCUUCCAAUCAGUUUGCUUUGAUGCCAACGAAUGUUAGUCUGGAGGCGAAGGAGAUUCCCGCGACCAGAGAGGCACAAUGCUCUCCUCAUAAUCACGUCAUGUUCAUCAAGAUGCAGAAAUGUGGUUCUUCCACUUUGCAGAACAUCUUCCUUCGUUAUGGUUACGAGAAUAAUCUUACGUUUGCUUUACCAAAAAAAGGGAACAUGCUAGGGUAUCCUCAUGGAUUUAAGCCCAGCAUGAUUCCCAAGGACCUUCUACCUCCUGGGGGCAAGACGGAUAUCUUCGCCCUCCACACUCGCCUCAGCCUCAGAGCACAGAGGAAGGUCCUGCACAAAGACACCCGCUGGAUCACCGUGCUUCGGGAGCCAGCCAGUCAGUUCGAGUCUUUCUAUAAUUACUUUAAUCUGAAGAGGUAUUUCAAGAAGGAUCUGGCAGAGUUCAAGAACAUACCAGUUGCCGUGAGUAGCCAGAUCCUGAUUGGGUUGUCGUGGGUUUGGUUAUUAUGGUUAAUAUUACCCUUUUUUGUGUGUGUUAGCGUGUUACAAGGUGAUACAUUAGUGUAAUUAUUAUUAUUAUUUCUUUUUUUUUCGCUUUCUCUUUCUGGGCCGAAGAAUAAUUGUUUGUUC